CUCAUUUCCUUCCAACGUUCUAUCAUCUGUCCAACUAAACACACCGCAGACAUCGAAUAAUCUCUCCAUCUUGCACACAACACACACACACACACACACACACUGACUGUUUGCAGAGAUGUCCGGUCGCCAUGAAAAGGGCGUCAAUGUUCAGGUUCUUCUUCGAUGCAGGCCUUUUAGUGAUGACGAGUUAAGGAACAACGCGCCUCAGGUGGUAACGUGUAAUGAGUAUCAGAGAGAAGUUGCGGUUUCACAGAGUAUUGCUGGGAAACAAAUCGAUAGGGUUUUCACCUUUGACAAGGUUUUUGGACCUACCUCUCAACAAAAAGAUUUAUAUGAACAAGCAAUCACUCCCAUAAGAUCAAAGAGUGGGCGUGAUGGAGAGUUGCCUUCACAUGCAGGAUUAAUCCCUAGAGCUGUAAAACAAAUAUUUGACACUUUAGAGCACCAAAAUGCUGAGUAUAGUGUUAAAGUAACUUUCUUGGAGUUAUAUAAUGAAGAAAUCACCGACUUACUUGCUCAUGAAGAGAUUUCAAGAGUUGUUGAGGACAAACAGAAAAAGCUUUUGCCACUCAUGGAAGAUGGUAAAGGUGGUGUUCUUGUGAGAGGAUUGGAAGAAGAGAUUGUUACAAGUGCUAGUGAAAUUUUCUCCUUAUUAGAGAGAGGUUCUGCAAAACGUCGAACUGCAGAAACCUUGUUAAACAAACAAUCAAGUCGCUCACAUUCUUUGUUUUCUAUAACCAUACACAUCAAAGAGUCCACCCGUGAAGGUGAAGAACUUAUCAAAUGUGGCAAACUGAAUCUUGUUGAUUUAGCUGGUUCUGAAAAUAUUUCAAGAUCUGGUGCUAGGGAGGGUCGUGCAAGAGAAGCUGGAGAAAUAAACAAAAGUUUACUUACUCUAGGAAGAGUAAUAACUGCUCUAGUGGAGCAUCUUGGGCACAUCCCUUACAGGGAUAGCAAAUUAACUCGUCUUCUUCGUGAUUCAUUGGGUGGAAGGACUAAAACAUGCAUCAUUGCUACUGUAUCUCCUGCUGUUCAUUGUCUUGAAGAGACCUUAAGCACAUUGGAUUAUGCUCACAGGGCAAAAAAUAUAAAGAACAAACCUGAGGUUAAUCAGAAGAUGAUGAAAACUACUCUUAUCAAAGAUCUUUAUGGUGAAAUCGAAAGACUCAAAGCUGAGGUUUAUGCAUCACGUGAAAAAAAUGGAGUUUAUAUGCCUAAAGAGAGAUACUAUCAAGAGGAGUUGGAACGUAAGUCAAUGGCAGAUCAGAUUGAACGAAUGGAAGUUAAAAUAGAAAACCAAGAAAAGCAAUAUGAAGAAUUGCAAACUAAAUUUAAUGCACGUGUCCAAGAAUGCUCAGAUUUGAGUAACAAGCUCAAUUCUACCCAGAAUGAUUUAAAUCAAACUAGUAAGGCACUAGCUAAUACCCAAGAAGAAUUAAAGAAAUGUGAAUAUGUGAUAAAGGAACGAGAUUUUAUCAUAAGUGAACAGAAAAAAUCAGAAAAUGCAUUGACUCAUCAAGCUUGUGUUCUUCGGUCUGACUUGGAAAAAUCCCUUAAGGACAAUUCAUCAUUGUUUAUGAAGAUCACAAGAGAAGAUAAACUGAAUGCUGAUAAUAGAUCUGUUGUGAAUAAGUUUGAAUCUGAACUCACACAAGACAUUAAAUCUCUUUGCGACAUGGUUGCCACAUCAUCAUCUCAGCAAAAUCAACAACUUCAAUGCAUUGAAAAGUUUUGUCAUACCUUCAUUAACAUUAACGAUAAGGCUGUGAAUGACUUGAAAAAGAAAGUUUGUGCUUCAAAAGCGUUGUAUGUUUCUCACCUUGAGGCAUUGCAAAACGUUGUGGUUUUACAUAAAGCAAACUCUAAUGCAAACUUAGAGGAGGUUCUAUCUUUGACUUCAUCUAAUGCUUCUUCUGUUGAAAAAGUAUUAGCUGAAGAAGCAUUUGAAGGACUUUCUAUUUUUGAUGAACUUCAUGGCUCUUUAUCAACUCAACAAGGCGAAAUGGCACAUUUUGCUAGAGAGCUUCGACAGCGAUUUAAUGUCAGUGUUGGACAUACAACGGAUAUAUCCAACUUCAUCAAUGAAUUCUUUGAUAAGUUAAUGGAAAAAUCAAAAGAUCUAGGAAGUCAUGCCAUUCAAGUCGAUGAGAUACAAACAAAAAACAUUGAUGAAUUUCAGAAGGCAUACGAGGAACAUGCGAAAUCUGAUGCUGAGAAACUUAUUGCUGAUGUAACUAGUUUAUUAUCUAACCAUAUUUGUCGUCAAAAAGAAAUGGUGGACACACGACUAGCUACAAUCAAAGAAACUGCGACUGGAAGCAAGAAGAUUUUGGAUGGACAGGUGUCAUCGUUUGAGAGGAUCACAUCAGAUGCGAAAAGAAAAUGGGAAGAGUUUUCCACACAAGCAGAAAAUGACGCCAAAGAAAGUGCUGAUUUUGCUGCUGCUAAACACUGUCGCUUUGAGUCAGUUCUUCAGAAAUGUUUUGAUACGACUGAAACGGCUCUACAACAUUCUAGAAAAACACAGGAUUUGGUUAUUGAAAUGGGAAAAAAACAUGUGACACAAGUCAACUCCUGUGUGAAAAGUGGAGUUGAGAGUAACGAACAGCAUGAUGUUGAGAUUAGUUCCUUAAGGGCUACUGCUGAACAUGAUGUCUUGAAGAACAGCGAGAAUAUUUCAACGCACUUUCAUGGUACAUCAGAAGAAGAGAGAGAGGUAGUUUCUUCAAUUCUGGAAACAACAAAAUCUCAAACCAAAAAUCUUGAAAGCUUACAUAAGGAUCAUGGAACACAAUCUGCCUCUAUACAACAAAAGUCUCACGAUACUUUCCACCAGAAAUACAUGGAUUAUGAGGCAACAGGAAAUACCCCGGUAAGAAGUGAUACAGAUGUCCCAAGUAAAAUGAGCAUAGAAUCCCUUAGAGCAAUGCCAAUGGAGAGCUUAAUGGAAGAAUUCAGGGAAAAUCAUUCAUAUGAAGGAAAGGAUUCCAAGAUUUCUCCUGCUACUGCUACUACACGCCCACCAUUGACACAAAUCAAUUGAAAUUCCUAUUUUUUCAUGUACAAAAUCUUGUUGCUUCUGUAUAUGAUCAAAAUAUAUCCCUGCUUGGGAUUUAAUGGGUUUUAUAUUAAAAUCAAAGGUGGUAAGAAGAUCGGGGAAAGUUAUGAUUAAUGUAGGGAUUUUUGUUCAUUUGGGAAAAUAUUUAAUUUCUCCUUUUUUUGUUAUGUUGUAAUGGUUUAGGGAAGAGAGUAGUAUUGUUUUACUGUUGGAUACUGAUAGGAUAC